CGCACGGUGCGGCUCGUCCCUCAGAGGAUCAGAGACCCGACCCGCACCUGCUGUGGUCCGGCUCUGGCCCGGUUCUGGUCCGGCUCCGGUCCCGGUGGACCCGGUGUGACGUGGUUCUGGGUGUGCCCGGCUCCGUCCGCUUCGGCCUGAAUCCAGCUGCUCGGAGCGCGCGGAGGACCGGACGGGAUCCGGCCGGUCGGGUCCAGCCGCGGUGCUUCCGGGUCGUGUUGUGGAUCGGUGUUCGGGACCAGGUGUUCGGGACUGAGCCCGGUCCGGCCGAUGCGGAUCCGGUAGACCCGGUCCGGGUGAAGUUGAAGUGUGAAGGUGUGAACUCCAAAUGCACGCGCUCCUGUUCCGGCACAAGAAAGAAGAAGAAACCGGGUUCGGGUCUGGGUUCUGGUUCGGGUCUCCCAUCUCCAUCAUGUUGAGCUGUGUGGGCUGUUUCUGGGUCCUCCUGUCCUCAUCGCUGGUCGCCGUCUGCAGCUUCAGCUUCAUCUCUCCCGCCUGGAUCAUCAAGGAGCACGUGAGGACCGGACCCCCCAAGAACCAGGACCAGAACCAGGACCAGGACUCUGUCAGCUUCGGACUCCUGUGGCACUGCUCCGAGGCCCUGGACCACAUGUACCGGUGCUACACCUUCGGAGGACUGGGGAGGUUCACAGAGAUCCCAUCCAGCUCCUGGCAGACCAGUGCAGUUCUGUGUUCUGGAGGUUGUGCUCUUCUGGCCGUCUCCUCCUUCUUCUCCAUCGUCUCCAUCUUUCUUCCCGGUGGAGGAUGUGAGCGUAGGAUCUGCACCUUGGCAGGAUACAUGCAGAUGGCUUCAGUCUUCAUCAUGGCUGCAGGGCUGCUGGUCUUCCCCUUUGGACUCAACUCCACCCUGGUCCGGUCCUUCUGCGGGGACUCGGAUGUCUACUACGCUGGCGACUGUCACAUGGGCUGGGGCUACAUGCUGGCCAUCGUCGGCGUCAUGCUCACCGUCUUCUUGCCCUUUUUUGCCAAAUAUGCACCAAAGGAGCAGCUGUCGCCCACUCCCCUGCCCACUCUGUUGUAGUGCAUCCUGACAGUCCAGAACCAGCUCUGACCCAGUUCUGAGUCUGCACAGAUGCCCCGCCCACACCUCCUUUUCCAGGUGGUGCUGUUGGAGAACCUGCCUCAGUGACAUUCAACAGCCAACACUGUCUUCCUGCAUCUGUUGUGUCGUUCAAAUACAAUUGAAAUGGAACGGCGUGUUUUUGACCUUUCAGUCUUUUCAGUGUUUGACUUCUGUGUUUUGUUCCUGGAGACAAAGAUGGAAAGACUCAAACUGUCACAGUCCCAUUGUCAGCUGGUCCCGUUUCCUUCCCUUCCUUUUGUGGGGUCCAAAUCCAGUACCUUACACUCCAAACCAGACUAAAUGUCGAUGUAAAGAGAGGAGACCACCAAUGAAAUCAAGUGGCUUCAUGACUCAACCAAUCAGGAUGAAAAUCUGGGGUGAGUCCAUGCCUCCCAAAAGCAGUGUCAUUAGUUUCAAGAUGACAAGGACAAUAAACACAGCACUGGAGCCGCCCCAAGGACACAUGGAAUACACCCUUAACAAGGAGUCACCCCAGGGACACAUGGAGUACCCCCUUAACAAGGAGCUGCCCCAGGGACACAUGGAAUACCCCCUUAACAAGGAGCUGCCCCAGGGACACAUGGAAUACCCCCUUAACAAGGAGUCACCCCAGGGACACAUGGAAUACCCCCUUAACAAGGAGUCACCCCAGGGACACAUGGAGUACCCCCUUAACAAGGAGCUGCCCCAGGGACACAUGGAAUACCCCCUUAACAAGGAGCCAGAUCACAGA